UGAGGUCGACGGAGGCUGCCGUGGAAACGACACACAUCCACUCAAUCCACGCAAGGAGACCGAUUUGUUCUCUUAGAAGGCUCCUCCUCUUCCUCCUCCGCAUCCAUCCAUCCUUCCACCUAACCUCCAAAAUAUGGAGCAUGUGAAAUGAGCCGCGAAGAAGGAGAAAGGACAUCUGGAAGCUUCUGAACGAGUGAAGAAGCACAACAAGCCAGGAGCAUCAUGCCGCUGGUGAAGAGGAACAUUGAGCCCCGGCACCUGUGUCGCGGGGCGCUGCCAGAUGGCGUAACCAGCGAGCUGGAGUGCGUCACCAACAGCACACUGGCAGCCAUCAUCAAACAGCUGGGCGGCCUGAGCCGCCAUGCUGAGGAUAUUUUUGGAGAGCUGUUCAACGAAGCCAACAGCUUCUACCUGAGGAUGAGCAGUCUGCAGGAGCGUGUGGACCAGCUGGCGGUCAAGGUCACACAGCUUGACUCCACCGUGGAGGAAGUCUCCCUGCAGGACAUUAACAUGAGGAAGGCCUUCAAGAGCAGUACUAUCCAGGACCAGCAGGUGGUGUCCAGGACGUCGGUGCCCAACCCUGUGGUGGAGAUGUACCAUCGCUGCGACAAACCUCCUCCGCUCAACAUACUCAGCCCCUAUAGGGAUGACAAGAAGGACGCCCUCAAGUUCUACACGGACCCGUCCUACUUCUUCAACCUGUGGAAGGAGAAAAUGUUGCAGGCGACGGAGGACAAGCGUAAGGAGAAGAGGCGCCAGAAGGGCUGUCCGGCCCAUCCCGACAGACCCCACUCCAGACAGGCCCCACCCAGGAGCCCCCUGUCCAUCUCUGAGCAGCAGAAGCAGGUGGAGGACCCGGGCCGAGAGGUCAAGAAGGUGCGUAAGGCUCGUAACCGGCGUCAGGAGUGGAACGUGCUGGCCUACGACAAGGAGUUCAGACCCGAUGCCAGGCUCACUCCCUCACCUUACCACGGCAUGUCUCCUGAGGGCUCCUUGUCACCUGACAGCAGUCCCAACCACCCCGCUACCCAGACCGCCAACAUGGGCCACCCCAUCGACCACCACACCAGGGAUCACCUGGGCGCAGCCACUCAGACCCAGUCGCUGGAUCGCGGCCUCAGGCCGGCCAACCAGCCUCAGGGAGCGGGAGGGGCUGCCGCUGGUGGGCGCCAUGUAGCCUCCUUGGGAAGGACCCCAUCAGGUCACGCUAACCAGGCCGCGGGGGAUCUGACUGUCAACGGGCCGAGGCAGCAGUCAAUUAAGGAUUACCGGGCCGGCCAUGGUGGCCAGCCUACCACCAUUCCAGAGUACUAUAUCCCUCCUGCACCUCCCCCUCCUCCACCAAGCAUCCCCUCGGCCCAGACGGCCUUCGAUCACACCCCGGGCCCACCCUCCGCCGUGCCACCCACCUCCUCCGCCCUAUCCCGUCCUUACUCCCCCUCGCCUCCUCCUCCUCCCGUCAACUACGUCCCCUCACCCGCCCACCCACCUUCUGGGGUGCCGCCGGCCGCCCCGCCACCUCCCCCACCUGGGGGCCCCGUGGGUCACCAGGCUCACGCCUCCCCUACACACGCCGUCGUCGGGCAGGCAGGGGUGGAGGCCGCGCCCCCUACAAGGAAGGCCACCAUGCUGGGGAUGAUCCCCAUGAGCGACGCACGCUCCGACCUACUGGCUGCCAUACGUAGGGGCAUCCAGCUGAGGAAGGUGCAGGAGCAGAGGGAGCAGGAGGCCAAGCGGGAGCCCGUCGGCAACGACGUGGCCACCAUCUUGUCGCGCCGCAUCGCCGUGGAGUACAGCGAGUCUGACGAUGACUCCGAGCUCGAUGAGAAUGAGUGGUCCGACUAAAGAGGUUUUGGGAAUAAUUAGGACCGGUGAUGGCUUUGGAGGGGGCGCAUUUUCAAAUUCAUUUCGGCGCAAGUGACACUUGUCACACAUCUGAACAUUUUGCAACAACUUAGUCAUUUCAACGCCUCCUCUUGAGAUGUGUCUAAACAACCAACGGAGUUUGGCACAUGACACACAAUUUGAACAAAACAAAUGCACCAAUUCCUCCCCCUUACACCAUGAUUGAUAGCAAUAGUCCAGGUCUCUUGCUGCACAGAGCCCCUGUUGAGUGAGGAGGUGUUGUGUUGACUAAACAUAUGGCACAGCAACAACAGUUGCUAAUUAUUGUGCUAUUCUAAUGUAUUUGUACUUGCCAAAUGUUAGGUUUAUAAAAGACAAAGACAAGAGAAGGAACAGUAGCUCCUCUGAGUGCUCAACAAGUGGACCUUCCGUGGAUUAAACUACACUUGUGGGAGUUUCGCCCCUUGGCCACAUUAAUGCUAACUUGCGUAGUAGCAGAGGAAGCUAACCAGUUGGGGUAGGUGAUACUGCCAAGUGUCAUUUCAAGAUCACUGAAUGAUUGAUUGAUAAUACAAUUAUUCCCUUUUAUUACACACAAUUGUGCGAGCAAAAUAACGGCAAUAGUACAAAAUAGGUAAACAAAUCAAAAACUACUAUUGGCUGUCAUUCAAUUUUUUUUUUUGCCCCGUUUCCAUGGAGUUUUUGAACAAUGUAACUAUGCAAUCUAUUUUAACAACACAACAAAAAAAUCAGUUAUUUGUGGAAACUAAUACUUGUGGAACUAAUAAAUAUUGAACCCGACAUGCUAGUAUCGAACCGAUACUGAUACUGCCUUUGGUGUCGAUUUGGAUCCAUUAGCUUACCCACGACUAACCGGCUGCUGGCUGUCUUAAAUUGAGCUAAGUUAAACCUCUUUAUUUGUAUUAACAAUUUUGGUAAGAUAUGAAUGUUGAAAAAGAGGUCGGGAUGGAGGUUUAGCUUAGCCGGUGUGGGGUGUCGCGUUUCAGCACCGCACCAAAUGUACACUUAAUCCAUCCAAUUUCUAUAUCGCUCUUCCUCGUGCGCUUUACGGCUGAGCUGGACCCUAUUGCAGCUGACUUCGAACAAAAGGCGGGAUACACCCGUGAAGAUUGGAACUCCAAAUGGAUAGUUGCUUUAUCAUUAAUAUAGAAAGACAAAUCCGACAAUUAAGGCAGUCUUAUGAUUACAUUUAUUGCUAAGCUGGUUGCGGAUUCUUUUGCAUCUUUUUGGUUAUUGUAUGUUUUACCAUAAAGCACAGUAUAUAGGUGCACUAUGAACUAGAAGCAGGCUUUACUGCCUCAACGUUUGGCUAGCCAAAAACUCACUCAUUAAUAUUUACACAUUUUAAUGAUUUGCUGCACUUUGUCAAUAUUCCUGUCCAUUUUGAUGCUGCUCACGUACGCUCUCAACUUCUCAUCCAUCUUUCGCUCAUCUUUAGCACUACUUGGCCUUUAGAAAAAUACACUUAGCCUUCCUUCUCUCCUUCCCUCCUUCCUUCCUUCUUCCCUCCUCUGAGAAACAACACACGUGGGAGUGUUGCUCUCUGCAUCAGUCAUGAAAAAAAUCACUUGACAUGAAUAAUUGUACAGUAUGUUUGGUGAUUAUUAUAUUAUUUAUUAUAAUAUGGGGCUGCACGGUGGUGGCCUCACGGUCUGGAGACAUUUCAUUUCAUUUGUUAUUUUGUUUGUUUUUCCUAUUACGACUUACAAACAAUAAUUUUUUUAAUAUUUCAACUUUAUGCUACUGAAAUGACAUUAUUUUCCCUCACAAUAUUAUGACGUUAUUCUCGGGAAAUUACGCCUUUUUGUUAUUAGAUUACAACUUUUUUUCUCGUAUUUUGACUUUAUUCUUGUAAAAUUACUGCUGAUUUUUCCAUUUUUGCUGUUUUUUUUUAUUUUGUUAAAGUUUUACUGUCAGAUUUUUUUUUUUUUUUUUAGAAUGUGCCGUGGGCCAAUAAAACGGCCACAGGCCGCAAAUGACCCCGCGGGCCGCACUUUGGACAUCCCUGCCCUAAAUUUUCCAUAUGUGUGAAUGCUAGAGUGAAUGGUUGUCUGUAUGUGAUCGUUUGGAGACCAUUCCAUAGUGUACCUCACCUCUCGCCCCUAAAAUUCAGCUGGGAUAGACUCCAGCUCACCCACGACCGUAAUGAGGGUAAGAGGAAUAGAAAAUGUAUGGAUGCAUGUUUCAAUAUACCAGCUGUUAAUGUGAUCAAAGGGCACUCCCAUUAAUUUAAAGCGUUCCUUAUUAUCCCAACGUAUUAAUCAAUCAUCAUCGGCUUCCUUGCGAGCAAGCGUAGGCCGAUAUUCAGGUGACAUUUACUCUCUUCAAAGCCAGUGACUGUGUGCUGUGGUACUGCUCGUCUAUAAAAUUACAACAUAUGCCACCAUGAGCCAGGGUCAAAGGUCACACGACCCUGACCCUGGAUCAGCACUGCGGAGGCUUUGUGUCUGGACUGCUAUAAAUACAUCUGCGUAAGCAACCUACAACAGUGAAUAAACAGCAUUAUCUCGUCUGCUUCGGCUUGGCUGUCCACAGGGUAAGAACACUUUUUAUAAUGUGGUCGUCUUUCAUUUAAAAAAAAAAAAAGCGUUGCAGUGAGCCGUUGGUUUUGAUUUACCGUAUUUAUUUAAGGCUGUUACAUAAAAUGCAUUUUUAAUUGAGUCGUAUGCCAAAAGGUUUGCAAAAAAAUGUCAUUUUAACAGCAAUUGUGGUGAAUCAUUGUUGAAUCUUCCAACAAAACUUGGAAAACGACUACAUGGUCAGUUAGUUUACACAUAUCGGGGCUACACACACAAUUUCAAUCUCGGUGAGCGUGCCAUGGUGUAUUAUUUUCAGUCUUUUCCCCCGUCCCCUGUCCUCGCAUGAAGAAGGGGAGAAAGAACAUUGUUUUUUUUCUAGGUGCUGUCUGUCAUGGUUCGGUAUUGCAAUGGGGGCACUAGCUGGAAUUUACUAUAUCCCGCCCUCUUUGAGACCGCUUGUAUGUGCAUGUGCGCACACACUACGUGCAUGUGCCUGUGCACGAGCCGUGAGUGUGUGACAGCCAUUCAUGCCACUCCCCCUUUUCAGCCGAACAACAAAUGUCAUUCAGUUUAACUCGUACUUGUGAAGAAUAUCGACAUGUUUUCUGAAACCACUAUUGGUAGCAUAUGCUAGCUGGUGGUGGUGUUAUAUUUUUAGGGUGAAAAAAAGUGUAAUUUGGAGCCAAGGAGGGCUUUAAAAUGUAAGCACAUGGCCCUGAACAUGGAGCUGUAUCUUUAAAAAGAAAGUAUAUUGAAAUUCAUGGUGGCCACUGAACCCAACAUAUUGUACAGCUUGACAUUUCCAUAACUCGUGCAGAAAGAAGUUUUACUGAUACAUUAGAUCCCUGCUUUUUGUGCGGGUUAAUUUCCGAGAUCAUCCACGAAUGGCAAAAAAAACCUGAGUAAGUGAGGUGCCCAUAAAAGUGUCUAUUUUUGACACUCUUAUUAAACUUGGCUUAUGCUGUUAUGUCUAGGCCCUUCUGUAUACAACAUCAAUUUGCUUGAGUUUGACAUCUGCACCGUUACAACACGAACAAAGCCAACAAACAUCGACCCAAAUGCCAAGUCACACGUGGAAAGAAGCAAUGGACUCUGCUGGCAUAGAAAUGAACGCAUUCACACAAAUAAAUGCAAAAGAGUACUAGUAUUUACAACCCGCAAGGCAUGCUGGGAAGCCCACGCGCACACUUCCACAGCAUACCUUGGAGCGUAUUAGUAUCCAUGUGUAUAAUCUCUUGUUGGUUUGUCAUGUGUGAAUAACUGUAAAUGUUAAACUCAUGAGGCUGACAUGUAAUUCAUUACCACAUAUUUGUAAAUAACCACCAGUUUAGGGUAAAUCAGAUGGGUUUUUGACCAAAAACAUCCUAAUUAUAGAGAUUAAAAGCACAUCAAGGCAGUACUUCCCAUGAGUGAACAAGUAUUUUGAUAAAAAAUGUACGACUGUGUUUGGUCACCAAUGCUGGUCCACUGUACACUACUCACAAAAAUUCACAAGUGUGAUCCGUGAAUGGACAAACACAUUUCCUGCUGCAAUUAGAAUUGGUAUUUAAACAGUCCUCAGGCACCCUAGUGAGGAUAAGCGCCACAGAAGAUUGAUGGAUGGAGCUCCUUGUCAGAGAACAGGAAGUUGUGCAAAAAGUAGUGAAACAUUGAACAACUGGAUGUGUGGAUUCAAAAAGUUCAGAAAAGGUCAACUUAAGUUGUAAAGGUUACACUGGAGUGCAUUUUAGGUUCAUUCUGAAAUUUUACCUGAAUGUCCCUUUUUGUGAGGAGUGUAUUUCUGGACAGAAAUCAUCCCAGAGAAAAAUGUGAUCUCAAUUGUAAGCUGUUUUUCUCCCAGGAUCAUGCAGCCCUAAUACAUAUCUUUCAAAACAGGAGCUUAUGUUUGUCCAGUAAUUCAAAAAUUCACCAGCAAGGCUUAUUUUCUCCUGUAAAUGUCUCGUUGUAAAUAAGGACGGAGAGAUAUGCAUUUCUGGCUGCUACUGUUUGAGUUCAAUAGGAUGUGGAAAUGGGUCAAAUUUUAUUUAGAGCAUUCCUAAAUUGGAAAGAUUGAAUGCUCCUGGGCUUAUAGUCAACGAAUGUGGAAGCUGUAAGAACCGGACACUUCCCUCCUUGACGGACUUUUGGCGCUGAACUAUUGGACGCUGUGUUUUUAUGGUGACCGCCUUGCGCUGGUGUCUUGACGUGACUGUACAGGCCGAUUUCGAAAAGGGAUCCUGUAAACACUUGUCUUUUUGGGGUCAUUCAUGUACAUUGUUAGACAAUUUCAAAAAAGAAACUGCUGUAAGCAAGUAUGCAUGUGACUAUAGACAUUAAAUGGUGAACUUGA